CAACCAUUACGGUCGGUUACAUGGCACCAGCCGAAUGGUAUGAGAUCAAAGAGAAUCCAGUCAUCUCAUUGGUUGAGCUCCAUCAUUGGUUCCCUCGGAGGGAUCUCAUUGGUUACCGCCCAAAAGUAGUUGGUUUAGAGGCCACUUGGUGGCUCCCACAUCUACGUUCCGAUUGCGAAUUUGCCGUCUGUUUUCUGAUCAGUUGAACAUUGAGUUGAGAAUAUAACCAUUGAAAACCACAACGAAUAGAAGAAGACUACCUUACAAAGCCAUUAGAAUGUCAGUACAAUCAAAUAUGGACAGUUCGACGACAGAACAGUGGUCUCGUACACAGAACAGCAUACAACAAAUUACAUACAUGUGGACAAUACCAGAUGUUCAAUUUCUUGAUAAAAAAGUUGGAGAAAAGAUGUUGUCACCCAAGUUCUUCUCGGGAGGUGGUGAACAAGAAUGGAAACUGCUCAUCUAUCCCGGUGGUCAAAACGAAAAGAUUAGGGAUUACGUACAGCUUUAUCUACAACUCGUAUCAUCUCAGGAAUUUGGAUUCACUACGAAGUUUACAAUUACGAUUCUCAAGCCGAAUAAAGUUGUAUGUGAACAUGAUUGUACAAUGCAGUGGAAUCAGUUGACAGCUUGGGGUUUUUCGAACUUUAUGAAGAGAUCAAGUUUCAUAACUUCUCAAGAUUCUGAUUCUACAACGACUAUACGUUGUGACAUGACCAUCUUCAGCAAUACUGUCACAUCGUCAGCUCAUGAAAUUUCUACAGGACCAGGUAUAUUGCAGAUACGCCAAUUGGGUACAGAUUUCCGCGGUCUCUUUGCCGACCCCGAAUUCAGUGAUGUUAGUAUUAUCGUAGGAGAUGAAAAAUUCUUGGCACACAAGAGUAUCUUGACUGCUCGAAGCCCGGUGUUCGCAGCUAUGUUCAAACACAAAGAGAUGGAGGAAAAUCUUAAGAAGGAGGUGAAGAUUGAGAAUAUGGAUUCGAGGGUUGUUAAAGGAAUGUUGGAGUAUAUCUAUACAGGUGAAGUGACAGAUCUUCGAGAUCUAGUCGGUGGAUUAUUGGAGGCAGCAGAGAAAUAUGAUUUGAGCGGGUUAAAAACCAUGUGCGUGGAUAAUAUGUAUAGUUUUCUUGAUAAUGAUAAUGCUGCGGAGACCUUGGUACUUGCUGAUCUAUAUGACGCUGAGGUGUUGAAAGAGCAUGUAAUCAAGUUUAUUAGAGAACAUCUACAGGAGGUGGUGGAAACAGAAGGCUUCGAGAAACUCUCAGAUCCUGCAAUAUUCAGGGAAUUACUUCGCUCUAUCAGUGUGCAAGGCAAAGAACCAAAAACGUGAGAUCUGCUGACAAAGAAGAUACACUAAUUGUCUGCUGGUGUGCCUUUAUAUUCUACUAUUAUAUUCAGAAUUCUAAAAAAUAUGAAAUAUUGCCGUUUUCUAAUACUUUUUGAUAAGAUGUGUAAUGAAAAAUACUAAUAUUAUC